UGAGUGGGCACUGUUGGGCAGGGAAGCAGCUGGAUGUACGCAAACCGUGACCUGCAAUUAUUCCUUUUUAAAGUAUAUUAAGACGAGCUAUAUUUUUCGAGCGUUAGAGUCACAAUAAAAACCGCUGCAACCGUAGUUUGUAGCACCAGAGACUGAAUAUGUGUGCUAGCCUUGCGUUAGCUAAAUGCAGCUGAGUAUUUAGCUUGGAGCUAGCUAGGUGAGCAAUGAUAGCAUCAGCCGAUGGAGCUCCUUUUUUUCCCCACACUGGAACUGCAAAAUGCCCCUUCUGGUUGACCUGCAUUGUGCAGCACAUUUUAAAUAAGUGACAGCAUUGGUUUUGUCUGUUUAAGUAGCUGCAUGACACGUUUAUGUGCCGUGUCUGACACUAACGGUAGCCAUCAUAGUCCAGGUCACUGCUGCACGGACCUUCUAAAUUAGCAACUGAUUUGUUAAUGUUGCAGUGUGUGGACGAGUAGGCUUAACAGUUACUGCAACUUCUAGUAACCUUUAGUGGCUUUACUUUAAUCUCAACACCCGCUAUGACUGAAGCAGGAGGAUGAGUGUGCGCCUGGAAGGCAGAGGAUGCCACCAUCUUUCACCGAGGACUGUCCAGCUGAACAUAUCGAUUAGCUGACCAACAGUCGCUGGAGAGGACUGGGGGGGAAGCACACAAGGAGUCCGUGAAAAAGCUACUGCUCUCGGCUUUUAAUCAGCUAGUUCUCGUCCUCCAGCUCUUCUGUCCCAUGGCUGGAGUCAACAUGCUGUCCCAGCUCGGAGAGGUGGCGCUGGCGGGUCCAGGACCAGUGUCCAUUGCCAACACGUCGGUGUCCGCCACUCCGACGCCCGGUACAGACAACCGGGGGUGCGAGAACGGCGCCUUGAUGGACUCGUUCGGGAUUUUUCUGCAAGGACUUCUGGCUGUGGUGGCUUUCAGCACCCUGAUGUUGAAACGCUUCAGGGAGCCAAAACAUGAGCGGAGACCCUGGAGGAUCUGGUUCCUGGACACAUCAAAACAGGCCAUUGGGAUGCUGUUUAUCCACUUUGCUAACGUCUACCUGUCAGACCUCACAGAGGAGGAUCCUUGCUCUCUAUACCUCAUUAACUUCCUGUUGGAUGCUUCUCUGGGCAUGUUGCUGAUCUAUGCUGGGGUGAGAGCCGUCAGUGCGAUUGUAGAGUGGAGGCAGUGGGACUCUCUGCGUUUCGGUGAAUAUGGAGAGCCAGUGCAGUGCACAGCGUGGUUGGGCCAGUGUAUCCUCUACAUCCUCAUCAUGGUGUUUGAGAAAGUCCUUAUCAUGCUGGUCCUCCUCAUCCCCCAGUGGAAGAAGCUGACUCUCCUCAACCCCAUAGAGAAUCCUGACUUGGAACUGGCCAUCGUCAUGCUCAUCGUUCCGUUCUUCAUCAACGCCCUCAUGUUCUGGGUGGUAGAUAAUUUCCUAAUGAAGAAGCACAGGACAAAAGCAAAGCUGGAGGAGAGAGAGGAGGACUCACGUGGGAACAGCAAGGUGCGCUACAGACGAGCUCUGUCCCAUGACGACUCCGAGUCAGAGAUCCUUUUCUCAGCAGACGAUGAGAUGGACGAGUCCGAUGAAGACGAUGUCCGACGGCUCACCGGCCUGAAGACGGUGAAGAAGAAGAAGAAGCUUCGCAUGGGGAUCCCCGUUUGACCCGUGUGCCUCGCUGAACUGCUACGAUCACAUUUCCUCCGGUAGCUGUCGUCCUCCCACACAAACGUUCCCCUCACCUCCACAGAUCCAGUGUCAGCGUUGGGAGUUGACCCAAUCUUUUCACACAUAGGAUGACAGAAGAACUGAAGUCCUUUUAUUGUUGACUCCUGGAGGACUUCUGCAUAAACUAGAGUCUAGCGUGGGAAUUUAUUUAACACACUGGGAGAUAUUGUUUUUGGUUAACCAGGUUACAUCGGAUCACUCCUUGGCUGAGUGUUUUAAAAGAAUGGGGAAGAGAAUCCCACCAUGAACAAACAUAACAUUGUUAAAUCCUUCAUGUAUGCAUAAUAGGAAAAACCUUAACACUGGUCUAAUACUGUUUGGACUCUUGGUGGCAGUGUGUACCGGGGGGCAAUGGUCCAGGAUCAGUGACGAAUCUAAAUGGCCACAACAGAACCAAACAGCAUGCAAACAAAACUGUUCAAUGGGUUUGUUACAUGUGACAGUCCAACGUGUCCUCUGAAGUGAUUGUAUUCCUGAUGUAGAUUCCAUUUAAACUUUGUGUGUGUGUGUGUGUGUGUGUGUGUGUGUGUGUGUGUGUGUGUGUACAGACACGCCUCUAAUUUAGAUAGGCAUCACGUCAGAGUGCUUGAAUCACUGUAUUGAUGCAACUCCGAACACUUUCCAGUUACACACUGAACUACAUAUCUUGUGUUGUACUGUUGCUCAUGUCAAAGGGAGCACAUUAACGCCUGCAGCAACCUUCCGUUUGUAUCUCCUGUCCUUUCAACUGUCAAACCUGCAGGACUACAAGUACCACAAUGCAACAUCCGUCUAAUAUCAGCUCCGCAUGUGUCGUCUCGUCUGUAGACUCAAGACUGCCGUCUCCGUUUGUUGGUGACUGUUUUACUGAUGUGCUCUGAUCGUGUGUUCUUUGUCUCUGAAUGUCUUUUGUCUCAUAAGUUGUCGGGUUGUUUUUUUUAAUGGUGUGUUUUAUUUUUGGGCCAAAAAGGUGACUAUGCUUCUUCCAAAAGUGUUCUUUAUUCCUGAACUCCAACAGGGAGAGUAGAUAUGCACAAGUUCCAAUUCAUCACUGCUUUCACCAUUCCUUUUGUGUUUGUGUGAUUUUAUUUUUGUAACAAUAAUGUGCCUGAGUGAAAUUACCAGCAGGUGUUUUUUUCUUUUUUUCUUGGUUUGAUAUAUAUUUUUGGGACUGUUUUAUCCAGAGCUCCAGAUGUGCAGGCAUGAAGCAGCAUUCAGCUGGCUCUGAUGUUAAGAAUGUGACAUGCAAAGACCUCGAAACUGUUAAGUGACUGUGGACCAGACAGUCGGGGGAAAGGGUGUGUGUGUGUGUGUGUGUGUGUGUGUGUGUGUGUGUGUGUGUGUGUGUGUGUGUGUGUGUGUGU